AUGUCCGACUUCUCGCGACUGCCCGCCCGAGGCAGCAGCUCCUCCCCAACACCACCACCCCCGCCUCCCCCAGCUCCCGUGCAACAGGGUCACAAAUAUUCCAACCGCGCCGCCAGCGCUCUGGCCCGAUUCGCCCAGCCCUUCUUCUCCGGGUCUCGGCCGCCUAGUCCGCACACGGCGGGAAGUCGAGCGGAUCUGUCGGCCAGUCCCCGUUCAACAAGGCCCAAGUCACUGCCUGGUGCAUCCCAGACUGUGUCUCAUAAGACUGGGAUCCCAAUUGCUGCCCUAGACAUCUCGCCGCAGCGGACACACGCAGUCAUUGGCGGCAAGGAGAUCUUAAAGACGAUUCGCGUUUCGCCUGAUCAUUCAUCCGAGGAGUUCAACCUUCGCAAUGCCAUCAUUAGUUAUUCAUCCACUCAUCAUGUUGGCAGCGGGCUCUCCGCACGGCAUAAGGACCAGCUGACCGUGAGAGACGUGAAGUGGUCACAUGGAGAAUACGACCAGAUCAUUGCCACCGCGGUGGCCAAUGGCCGCAUUGUAGUCUACGACUUGCACCGGACCGGCUUGGAAUGCUGCCGCUUCCAGGGACACAGCCGCCAAGUUCAUCGGCUAGCCUUCAACCCGCACCAUGCGUCAUGGCUCCUGUCAGGGAGUCAGGAUUCUUCCAUCCGAAUGUGGGACAUGCGGACAGCUUCUGCGGAACGUGGCGUCUUGGUGUGCGGGAGCCUUGACCUGUUCCAUGGCAACAGUGAUGCCAUCCGAGAUAUCAGAUGGUCUCCAACCGACGGGGUUAUGUUUGCAACAGCGACGGACAGCGGUGCGAUUCAGCUGUGGGACUGUCGCAAAUCCAACGCUCCGUUGAUGCGGAUUACUGCCCAUGACCGACCGUGCUUCUCGGUAGACUGGCAUCCUGAUGGAAAGCACAUCGUCAGCGGUGGCACGGACAGACAAGUCAAGGUCUGGGAUUUCUCCUCCUCAGCCGAGCGCCGGCAGAAACCGACAUUCCAAUUUCGCACUCCCCAGGCUGUUCUUAACGUCCGCUGGCGCCCCCCUUCCUGGGCCAGGGAGCCGGAGGCCUCCGGUGAUUGGCAGUCGUCCCAGGUUGUGACAUCUUACGACAAGGAAGAUCCGCGAGUCCAUCUCUGGGACCUUCGACGGCCACAUAUACCCUUCCGCGAAUUUGAUCGAUACGACGCGCAUGCUACCGACUUGCUCUGGCAUUCAAAAGACCUACUGUGGACAGUUGGUGAAGCCGGAGCCUUCACGCAGACCGAUGUCCGAUACGCUCCCCAGAUCAUCAAUCAACGGCCGACGUGCUCGGUGGCUUGGAGCCCUAGUGGUGAAGUUCUAGCCUUUGUCCAAAAACGUCCGCAGCGUAGUACUCUAGGCCUCAGCACUACCGAAUUUGUCGGCCCUCAACAGGAAGAGAAUAGUAGUGGUGAAGUAUUGAGUCAGAGCCCUGCCGAGGAUAUACUUGAUGAUCCCUCGUUCGCUCCUAUCCGUCAUCGGCAUAGCAAGUCCACCAGUGCUCGGCAGUCUAAGUCGUUGGGCAGUACUCCGCCUGGUGUGACAGAUCUCGUUCCUGUCCUCCCACUAGAGAAGGUCCUGUCCAAGAUCACAACUCCUGAGGCACGCCAGCUGGGAGCAGUUGGGAGCAUUCCAGGGGCUACGAUGGAUCGAGAUACUUUCCAAUAUCUGGCCUCCCAUUAUUCUGCUUUGCUUAGAGGGGUUGAUACUGUUCACGUGGAUAAAUUGUCAUCCUUGCUCGAAUCGCUCAACCACAAUGCACAGUGUUCCGAAGACGCCUCUCUACUCAAGUUAGCACAAACCUGGCGCAUUAUCAAGUUUGCCGUUGUCCAGGAGCUAGAAAUCAGAGCAAGAGAGCAACGUCAGUCCUUAGACAAAGGAUCUCGAACGAUGAAGAAGAAACCGUCCAAGGAAGGCCCCGUCACUGAGAAACCGAGGCUAGUCGAAGACGGGAGGCAUGACAAGAUUAAAGCUCAGUUGUUCAAGGGUGUAGUGGAAAAUGAAACAUUAAAGCUUCCGCUAGCAGAUUCUGAAAGCGUGUCAAAUAUGACAACGCCCCUCGCGCAACCAUUGCCUGAUUCCCCCCUUGGGUCUCUGGACAGCUCAACUUCGCAUAUGACAUCUUUGAACGAUAAUAUGGAAAUGAAGCCUCUUCCACCAUCGGUCCUCAGCUCUAAUCAGGGAACCAUGACUUCCAAUGAUUGGUCAUCAAUGUCGGACAUCGAUCCACAACUCAUCCAUCAACUUACGCAUCGCCAAUCUACUGCCAGCGAAGAGGCUCCCAUCCCACCUGAAAGCCUGCCGUCCGAACCAGGACGUGUCCCAGUGCACCCAGAUGCAGGGGACGAUCAGAGGUCUGCGCCCCGGGCCAUUGCUGGUAGAGUGGAUUGGCUUCUGAAGACACAUACUGUCGCUUCCAAGGAAGGUUCUGAAGUAGAUGAGUACGACCAGAAGAUGGAGGAUAAAAAGGCCGCCAUCCGUGACUAUAGAAUCUUUCCCAAGAAGGUUCUCUCACUCGAAUCCCAUAUGGAGCCAAUCAAGCCACCGGGUUUCCAUCGUCAUGAAUCAUCAGAAAGCUUUCCAAUGUUCUCAGCCUCAACGGAGAGCUCUCAUCCACCAAAAUCAAUGGCUGCAUCGCUCUCUUCUGCGGCCAGGCUGUAUGAAACCCCAGGGAGUGGGGAUCCUGGCCAAGAGGUUGCUGCUGCUGCACCUGGUAGCAGCUACACUGGGGCUAAAGGGGACGCUGUCCGUGGGGUUACUGCUGUAAAUGAUAAAGGAGCCCAAGAUAGCGAAAACUUGGAGGAAAGCAUUCCUGAUGCGGAGCAUAUCCAUCUCGAGCGGCCCUCCAGUCCCCCUUUACUUCUGAAGGAAAGCCGUCCCCUGAAUGCUUUCGGCCAGGAAGAUGGAGCAACACGAGGCCCCGUACACUUCAGCGCGGCUAUACCUGGGGUAAGUCAGGAUCUUUUAAACGUGUCCAUACCGGUUAGUCCGGACGUGACGACGAACAAACCAUGGAGCGUCGAGAUGCUUUUCAAAGAAGCAAUCAGACACUACCAUAGUGGCACUCAUGUCGACAUUCAAUCCGCUGCGCACCUGCUUCAGAAGUUACGCAUUGUUUUCCAAGAUUGUGGCAGGAUCCUUCCCGAUGAGGAGGCUGAAUACAUCUUCAAGGCGUAUAAUGAGCAGUUGGUGCGCCAGUCAAUGUACCUUGAAGCCGCUGAGCUUCGGCGGCUGUGCGUAUCGUCCUAUCCAGCUGUCUACGAGUACGCGCAAGCCGACACAUAUAUGAACGUGUUCUGUUUUACAUGCAAACGUCCUUACGAAAACCCCAAAACUGACAACCGUCGUUGUUAUCGUUGCAACACCCCUCAAGAGCCAUGUGCCAUCUGCAUGAGCCUGGAACCGCCUCCCGAAUGGGUUGCCGAGCAAUCGAAAUCAUCUGCUUCUUCAUGUCAGGGCCUGGACUCCGAGGCCACAUCCCAUGCACUAUCAUCAUCCCAUUCCUCACUGAAAACAGAACCCAUUUCCCAGUGUGAAUUGCGACAUCUGGUUCCAGUCUUCUCCGACUCGUCUCAGCCUCCUCGACCCAAAGGAUCCACUCUCUGGACCUGGUGCCAAGGUUGCGGUCACGGAGGCCAUCUGGCUUGCAUAAGCACAUGGUUGAGCGAUGUCUCCGUCAGUGAGGGUGGUUGCGCCACGCCAGGAUGCAUGCACGAUUGUGGUCCAGGCCCGCGUCGCGAACACAACCGCUCCGUACUGCUCGAGGAGUCGAAAAGACGUGAUUCGGCCGGCCGGAAAGCUGGCGUAGGCUUUGUCAAGCGAGACACGUGGACUAAGGGGGAGAGUAGGGCUGUCGAAAAGGUUCGUGGAAUGCUAGGCGUUGGUGCGUCGGCUGGGAGCGCUUCCACAACUACGACUACUGCGACAAGUGUUGGGCCGAGUGGAGCCUCCACUAGCACCAUGUCACCCAAGAGGGUACGAUUGGUAACGCCCAGUGAGCAGGGUCAACCACGCCGAAGUGCACCUCGUGCCAGUCUUGGGGGCAUGACUGGGCUCAGCUAA